CGUUCGGUCAAGCGGUUGAGACAUGCGAUGGAGAUGCUGCGGUCCAGGUCUCACAGUCUACAAUGGCUCUUUGGGCUGAUUUGUUUGGUUUUGUGCGGAGCGAGUGUCACUGGGCAGUACUGGGAGAACGGCGGUACACAAACACAGUCCGAGCAAAGCAGGUGGGACUACGGUUACAACAAUCAAUGGCCGUCGGGUUACUUUAACAACUAUUAUAGACCGCCUCCGCCACCACCUCCGCCUUGUGGUGAACCCCCGCCUCCUGGUCCGCCGCCACCGGGACCACCACCACCCGGACCACCGCCUGGAUGUCCUGGAGGGCCACGGCCACGGAAGCCUCCGCGCGGUGGCGGUGGUGGUGGGCAAAAAAAUCGGCACGCGCCUCGCCAACCUCCCCCUGAUCAUCAUCGUAACUUUCACAACAUCUUUCUGGACAUGGAGAAAAAAAUGGAUGCCCAAAACUACAAUAAGACGGCCGAAAUGGAGGACUUGCAGGAUGAUUUCAAUGGCAGAUCAAUUGUAGCACCCGGACAGUACCCACAUAUGGCAGCUCUCGGAUUCCGCAAUGAGAACCACGAAAUUGAUUACAAAUGCGGCGGCAGUUUGAUCAGUGAGUAUUUUGUGCUUACGGCCGCUCACUGCUUAACCACACAUGGCACCGCGCCGGAUGUCGUCAAAAUCGGAGACAUUAAACUCAAGGAAUGGGAAAACGAUGUGGCGCCGCAAAGACGUCGCGUGGCACAGAUUUACCUGCAUCCACUGUACAACACCAAAUACUACUACCAUGACAUAGGACUUAUACAGCUCAACCGACCCGUUGAGUACACGUGGUUUGUGAAGCCUGUGCGCCUGUGGGCGCGACACGAGAUACCCUACAACAAACUGUACUCCAUGGGCUAUGGCUCCACAGGAUUUGCCCAGGCGCCCACCAACAUCCUAACGGAACUUGACCUAACAGUGGUGCCGAUCGAAAAAUGUAACAGUACUUUGCCAGAGGAUGAGAGUGCGCCACAGGGGAUACUGAGCAGUCAGAUAUGCGCACACGACUACGAGAAGAAUCGCGAUACCUGUCAGGGUGAUUCUGGUGGUCCCUUGCAGUUGAACUUGGAACGCCGUCGUCGUCGUCGUCACCGUAGCGGCAAACAUUUCCGUUAUUAUUUGGUUGGCAUCACUUCCUAUGGCACCUACUGCCGCAGCGAGUUUCCAGGUGUUUACACUCGUGUUUCGUCCUACAUUGACUGGAUAGCGUACAUUGUGUGGCCGGAUUACUAUAACCAGUUUGCCAAUCAGAAUUAGUUUACUUCCCUCAGGUUUUUGUGUACUUUUAACAUUUUCUUCUCAGGUUACAACUGUUUCCAGUUGCUAGGCAGGGAAUUUCUUAUUAAAUC